GACGGCGGCGGCGGCGGCGGCGACGACGACGUCGACGUCGACGAGCGAGUGACCCAGCCACGAGGGCACCUCACCUCGAUCCCCUCCUUCCUUUCCAGUAACUUCCACCGUUAUAAAUACUCCGGCUUGGAGAGCUCUCACUCCCACAUGCUCAACUGCUACACGUCCCCAAUCAACAGCUCCGCCUUCCUUCCUCCUCUCGCCGUUCCGCCAUUAAAUACUCCCCUCGCCUCGCCUCCACAAAAUUCUUGCAACUCACUGUAGCGCGAGCUGAGCUGCUGCUUGUGGGCUUUGUGUUGGUGGUGUGGAGUUGGGUGAUGUACGGGUCGCCGGUGUCCAAGGACCUCAACCUGCCAGUCCAGCCGCAGCAGCAGCUACCUGCAGCUGGUGGUGGUGGGGGUGUGCGGACGCCGCCGCAGAUGAGCUCGCCGGGACUGCUGAGGUACAGGUCGGCGCCGAGCACCCUGCUCGGCGACGUGUGCGGGGACUUCCUCCCGGCCGUCGGUGGUGGGCAGCAGCAGCAGCAGCGGCCGGCGAGCCCGGACCACCACGCCGCGGAUACCGUCCUCGCGCGGUUCCUCGCCGGCCACCACCCCGAGAUCCGGGACAAGCCUCCCCGCCCCGCCGUCGCCGCGGCGGCCGCGCACUUCGUCCCGGAAGACGCCGCCGCAGCCGCCAUGGCCUCUCAGCAGCAGCAGCAGCUCAUGUACCAGUCGCAUCAGCAGCAGCAGAUGGCCGCCAUGGAGGGGCUCUACCGCACGGUCAGCUCCGGCGGCACGGAGUCCACCGCCGCCGCCGCCUCCGGCGGCGGCAACAGCCUCCUCCGGCAGAGCAGCUCCCCUGCCGGAUUCCUCAACCAUUUGACCAUGGACAACGGAUACGGGAAUAUGCUAAGAGCGGGCAUGGGCGGCGGCGGCGGCGGCGGCGACGGGCGGCUCAAGGGGCAGCUCAGCUUCUCGUCGCGGCAGGGGUCGGUGAUGUCCCAGAUCUCGGAGAUGGGCAGCGAGGACGAGGAGCUCGGCGGCGGCGGCGGCAGCCCGGAGGCCGCCGGCAGCAACCGCGGCGGGUACGGCGGGUACGGGAUGGCGUCGUCCGGCUGGGAGGAGCCCUCGCCGCCGCCGACGUCGCUCCUCCCGGACGGCCUCCACUCCACCAAGCGCCCCCGCGGCGGCGGCGCCCCCGACUCCGCCUCCGGCAACGCCCACCUGCCGCGGCAGCUCAGCCUCCCGGCCAAGAGCAGCAGCAAGCCGCCCUCGUCCGCCGCCGCGUCGCUGGAGAUGUCCGCCAUCGAGAAGUUCCUCCAGUUCCAGGACGCCGUCCCCUGCAAGAUCCGCGCCAAGCGCGGCUGCGCCACCCACCCCCGCAGCAUCGCCGAGCGUGUGAGGAGGACGCGCAUCAGCGAGCGGAUACGGAAGCUGCAGGAGCUCGUCCCCAACAUGGAAAAGCAAACCAACACUGCUGACAUGUUGGAUCUGGCCGUCGACUACAUCAAGGAGCUCCAGAAGCAAGUCAAGGUGUUGAACGACAGCCGCUCCAGCUGCACCUGCUCGGCGAGCAAGCAGAAGCACUUCGCCGGCUAAAAUCGACGAGUCGAUCAGAGGACCUGACCGGUGCAAUUUGGCGACGCACGGGUGGCCGCAAGGCAGAAAAGCUUCGCAUCAGCACCGGCGGUUUCUUCAUUUUCUUUCUUCAGUGAAUUCCCUGUUAUCUGGUAAAAUUGAACACGAGGAGGGCAUUGGAUUUUGGAGGAGCUUCGUCAUGCAUGGAGCAUCAGAAAUUCAGAAGAAGAUGAGGGGGGUCCCACAUGGUAGCGGUAGACUACUGUAGCUGCAAGGUUUGAUUAAUUAGUCGGGUUUCUUUUUGAUAAUGAAGGAGAUGAGAGUAACUCAGAAGUGUAUAGAUAGUUGUCUCUCAUCUCUGCUUGUCACACUACACAAGUGCAAGUUGCAACCGUGUCUGCAUGCCCCAUGUACAUUGCAUCCCUUUGCUUGACAAAUGACAUCCCAGCACCAGCCUCCCUGUAGCCCUGUGUUUGUGGAGUGCUUGUUUUGCAAUAAGAGUCACUGACUAAUGGUAGUAACAUGUACUCCCUCUGCGACUAAGUCAUAGA